AUGGCAAUGUCACGAGCCAAUGGUCCUCUGAAGACCUGCCUGCGCCAGCUCGUGCGCUCAGAGGCACCAGCUCCCCUCCGUUCCAUCGCCGCUACCCCUCGUUUCUUCAGCGCCUCCCCCUCGCUGCUCAAGAAGCGCAAGAUCACGGCACCCAGCAACAGCCCCAAUAGCGCCAAUGCUAAGGCGGCCGCUGGGUCCAUGAACAAGGCCGAGUACGACACCGCGAAGGUACCCACGCCGGACCCGGAGGAUCCUCUCGACUUUACGGCCGUUAUUGCUGCGUAUGCACCUAUCGACGCACAUUUUAAGACGCACCUGGCGAGCAUGAUACAUGGCGGACGAUUCAACCCGACCAACUUGGGCUCGCUGCCUGUGGCUAUCAAGGACGAGGAGGGUGGAGAUGCUUCAUUUCCUCUGCGGGAGCUUGCGCAGGUCGUUCCGCGAUCCGGACGAGCUAUCUCGCUGCUGGUAAACGACAAGGAAUACAUCAAGCCCAUCAUGUCAGCGGUGCAGGCAAGCCGCGAAUUCAACCAGCAACCCCAGCGAUCAGAGGAUAACGAGCUUGAGCUGCUUCUCAAGGUAGAGCUCGAGCGCAAGGACGACGUUGAGCGACGCAUCAAGGAGGCGGUGCAGCAGUGGAAGGACCGCAUUCGCAACGCCAGAUCACGACACGAGAAGACGCUCAAGGACUGGAAGAAGAACGGCACUGUGCUUCCUGACAUCGUCAAGAAGGCCGAAAAAGAGCUGCAAAAGGUGCAGGACAAAAAGAUGAAGGAGAUUGACCAAGAAGAGGCACAGACAAUUCGUCAACUAUGA